AUGGGACACAAGGAUGAGCAUGAAAGAUGCUUUUGCCCACCAGAAAUUAUCCCGGGAACAGCGAACCAGCCGGCUGUAUCAGGGCAUCCCUGCCCCUGUGUAUCAGGCUUUAUCACGUCCAAUAACUUCCCGAGUCUGUACCAGAACAGCGCAGACAUGUACUGGUUCUUCAACAUGGCCCAGUUGUCUAACACCACUCGACAGUACAGAGGAAUCCGAUUCCAGGUGGAGUCACUCUCUGUGGAGUCCCAGGAGGAUUACAUCUCCUUUGGAUGUGGAACAGAUCCUGAUCGACAGAAACAGUUCACACUGACCCAGAAAAACUUGAACAUCACGACCUUUCACCUCUCUGAUUGCACAGACUCCUGGGUCCAUUUCCACUCUGGCCCCAAUGUGCCGAACACAAGGUUCAAAAUUUAUUAUGAAAUGGUGCCCCGUCUAUGCCUGAACCUGAGUUGUGACGUCAAUGCAGUUUGUUACAGAGACAGCGCCGAGUCCCUGAUAUGUAGCUGCAAACCAGGCUGGAGGAGAUCAGGUCCCAGGUGUUACGAGCUCAGGAACAUGGUACAAGGUGUAACAGCCAGUGUCACAGGACCCAAUGUCACAUUGAGAUGGACAGUCGUCCCAAUACCCGGGACUGAGAUUCUCAACUACCAAGUUAACACAAACUGCACAAACCACACCAACGGGAUCAUCCAGCUACAAACUCACCAACCUGGAAACACCACCAGUUUGGUUUUUACCGGUCUGGGCUCCCUAUCACUGUGUACCACUGUGAUCCAGGUAAACACCUCCUCUGAUGGCCUGGUGACCACUCAGCCUUUUACCUUCAGGACCUUCUCUGAAUCUCUGAGUUUGACCUCCAUCUCCACCACCAGUGCUGUGAUCUCCUGGGUCCCUCUUGGGAGUGUGAGUGCUCUGAGGGGCUGCAGUCUGAGCUACUACAGCAUUGGGAGCCCCGACACUGUCCACACUGUCAGCCUCGUCCCAGUCAGUACAGAGGCAGUGAUCACAGGAAGUAUGGCUGCUGAUGCUCAUAACCCAAGGAGCAAUGAGGUAAAGAUUUGA